AUGUCAGUUAAGCCAGGCAUUUUGUUCGUAACUUCUCCAGACUGGACGUCAAGUGUUUACAACAGCAGUAUUAAAGAAAAGUUUCAAGUGGAUCAUUAUGACUUGUGUUCUGGCAACGCGGAGGGUUUCCUGGAAUAUCUGCAAAAAACCUUCGACUCUCGUAGUAAGCCUUUGUCUGUCAUUUAUGGCGGCUUUCCAGCUUUCCUCCCAAUUGGAGGACUAACACGGCAAUUGCUCGAAGACAAACGGUUCCCUAGAGAGGACCUGAAAUGUGUAGUGCUAUGCUCUCGAGGGAUGAACGGUAUCGAUCUCGAUGCCACAAAACAAUACGGCAUACAAGUGCACAACUACAGUGACGAGGAAGACUUAUCAUCUGAGCUUGAAGAGGCACCCCAACCCGGGGUGGUAAGCGACGAUGUGGCAAAUUGCGCCAUGUGGCAUGUCUUGGAGGGGUUUCGCAAGUUCUCGUUCCACCAGGCAUGUUUGCGUAAGACUGGCAACACCUUGCGGUCCAGAAAGCUGGCCGCAGGCAUCGAUCCCAACACGUCUAGCUUUACUUUCGGGCAUAAGUUGAAAAGCGGCAAAAUCAAAUCGCCAAGGGGACAGAAGGCCUUGAUUCUAGGACUUGGCGGUAUUGGUAAACAAAUUGCCAACAAAUUGCAUUUUGGUUUAGGAAUGGAGGUCCACUACGCUAAAAGAAGUCGCGAUGAUAGCGUUUCGUGGGCCUUCCACAAAUUGGAUUCUUCCAUAUAUUCUCAGCUGUCCCAGUUCACCGCGAUUGUAAUUGCAUUACCAGGGUCGCAAGAAACCAGACAUCUGAUCGACGAGGAGUUUUUGAGCUUCUGCAGCAAAGACCUGAUUUUGGUCAACAUUGGCAGAGGUUUUAUUAUCGAGUCCGAGGCAAUUUCGAAUGCCAUUGCCCAUCACAGAAUAAGGCAUCUUGGAGUAGAUGUUUUCUACCAUGAGCCGGAGGUUGAAACUUGGCUACUGGAAAACAAUGAAGACACUACAAUAACUCCACACAUUGGCAGCGGCACCGAAGACAAUUUCUACCAAAGCUGCGAAUAUGCUUUGCGCAAGGCAUUAAAAUCUUGUUAUCCAUAA